CGCCAACAGCUGUUGAGAGUUGAGUACGAGUAUAUAAGUGUAUAAUCUAUGGAGUUGAGACUUGAGUUUUGGUUUUUGGUUGACCACCGCGCGCGAUGGUCGUGUUUACCCGUAUUGCGUAAUAGGUUAUCUAACUCGUCAACUUGCCGUGUAUGUGGCCUUGAUAGGAUAUACAGUGUAUUAAAUUAAACUUUAUACAACAAUGGAUGUGAGCGUGGAAAAAUUCAUCGAUGGGCUGUUUACAAAAGAGGCCACCGAGCAGCCCUCAGACACACAGAAACCUGAGGAACUGGAGAUGACAUUACCAGAAUGGUACGACGAAAAAAAGUUUAAUCAAGCACGCCGUUUCUACUGGGACCAUUGCUUUCAAUUCAACUCCUCUAUGCUACUUGGACUAGUCAUGGUAUUUGCCGUGCCUUCUAUACUAAAGGUACUCGUUAGUACACGAAGGUCGAAUUCACCGUUCACAGCGUAUAGAAGAUAUCUCUCUACAGUGCUUCAUACAUUGUCCUGGUUUGAGAAUGACUUGAAACCAGGAAGCAUAUCCUGGAAAUCCCUGCGGACAGUACGUAUCCGACAUAUUAAAGCGGGGUUAGGAGCAAAAUCUAAAGGUCUGGGAACCGUCUCGCAAAGAGACUUGGCCCUUACACAAUUCGGUUUCAUCGGUCUUUCCAUUUUGAAGCCUGAUAAAUUUGGAAUAAGACAAUUAGAGGCUGGUGAUUGGGAAGCGUUCAACCAUUUUUGGAGAACUGUCGGUCAUCUUAUUGGCCUGGAAGAUAAAUACAACAUUUGCCGGCCAACAUUCGAGGAAACUCGACAAGUGUGCCAGAUCUUGCUCGAACGCGUGUUCACCCCUUGUAUGGAGAAUGUUCCAGAAUAUUUCGAACAUAUGGCCAGGGUAAUGUUGGACGGCAUGUGGUGUGUCAAUCCUACGAUAGAUGUGGACGGUUUGCUCUACUGGGCAAAGUAUAUAGCGGAUGUACCAGGCUACAUUUACAACGAAAGUGACAGAAAUAACUUCCAAAAUCGCCUAAGAACACUUCUAAAGGGCAAACCUGAAGACACAGGCGUGGAAGUCAAUGCAUUACUACCAGAGCCACUCGUCGAAGGGACCUGCCACUCGAAACGCCUCCUCUACCUACAUGACUACGACAAAGUUGAGUCUGUACCAGAGUACAAGAGCUUGACUUUAACGGCAAAACGUAAAAUGGCGAUCAAUUCAAUCAUAGGAUGCAUCUAUACCACGUAUCUAGGACGAUUGUAUUUUAACUUGAACUUCAGGUUCAGUGUUCUUCUUAUGAGGUACUUCCCGUACUUAGCCUUCUUUAGAUUCGGUUACUUCGCAUCUUUUGUUAAUAUGUUUGAAGAAGAUCCCGUAGAUAACACAAAAUUGAAGCCCAAUAGCGAAUAUUGGAAACCAAAGCCUCCAGUACCAUGGUACAGGGAAAUUUUACCUUUCUAAUUAUCUAUUGAAAACUAAGAGAAAACUAUUGAUAUAAUAUUUCGUAAUUACUAUUCCACGUAGGUUGUUAAUCUUAUUCAAAGAGAUAUGCAAUACAGUAAGAGUAAACGUUACCUUUUGGAGAUUAUGAAGACUAAUAUUUAUAUGUAUCUAUGUUAGUUAACUCUUAUUUUUGGGACGACCGAGAUUAUAAAUUUAACUUAGACUAAGCAGUAAUUAUGGGACCAAUUUAUAUCUUUGAAAUAAUACUUUUGUAUUCAACGACAAUAAUGUUUCCUUUAUUGAUAGACAAAUAUGUAAAUACGCAUUAUUUUGUUAUAAUUGAAGUUGUUAUUUAUUUAUUUUUUGAUAUUUAUAUUCAUUUCAAAUGAAACAAUGUAGUAAAUGCUUAAUUAUUAUAAAAGUUGUAAGCUUUAUGUUGCAUGAUGUAUUUUAGACGGAGUCCAUCCCUCUUUAAUGUCAUAAGUUAAAGAAGGAUAACAACUUUUUAUAGAUAGUGUGGGUUUUUCUUUUAUUACCAUUAAAUAUGAAUAAUAUAAGCUUUAAGAAGGCAUUAGGCAUGAGACAUCAAUAAAUUAACUCUGAGUGUUAUAGUCCGUAUUCCGUAGGAAAAAUUUGCCUAUAUGUUACUCCAGUCG